AUGGAUCGGAGAUUGGACAGAACGGGGAACAACAAUAAAGGCAGUGAGGGGGAGAGAUUGGUGGUGGCGCAAGUUUCUGGAACCCAGCAAGAAACCAGCACCCAGCAAGGGUUUUGGUCGCCUAACCCAAAUGGGUUCUGGCAUGAGGUCUGGUCCUGCUUGCACUCUCUCACAUCAACUGAAGGCUUGCAUCUUCACUGCGAAGAAAUCCUCAGAAAAUCCCUUUUGGUACCUUCUCUCAUGGCUCUGAGCUUUUAUUCCAACUGGGGGACACUUGAAAGUCUUGAACCGGAAGUCUUCCCAGAAGCACAACCAGAGCUGGCAAAGGAGCUUCUUGGCUUCCAAGACAGUUUUCUCAUUCCAGACACUUGUCUCGACCAACUCUUGGAGCCCAACGAUCUGUUCUUCUCAGAAACUUACAGCCAACUCCACCCAUUCAUUUCUCCAUCUAUUGACCACUCAAACGCUCUCACAUCUGAACUGUUCCCACCCCAGGUGUUUGAGUCGUAUGUCUACGCAAAGCGCCAAAAGAUCUAUGAAAAUCACUCUUUCUCAGACCUGGUUCCCAGUUUGUUUGAUGGGUUUGUGCCAAAUCCGCCUCUGCUACCCGAAUUCUUGCCGGCAGCAGUCCAUCACGUUCCUUCUCUGGAUUUACACAGUUUAGCAGUUUAUAAUUCGGUAAGCAAUGAGACUUCGAAGAAACCUAAUGGAGGGAGCUUGUCAGUUCAGAGCAUCGCAGCCAGGCAACGGAGGAGGAAGAUAACUGAGAAGACUCAAGAACUAGGGAAGCUCAUCCCUGGUGGCAACAAGAUGAACACCGCUGAGAUGUUUCAAGCUGCAUUCAAGUACGUUAAGUACUUGCAGGCCCAAGUUGGGAUUCUUGGGGUAAUGGCGUCAAUUCAGGGAGACAAAGAAGAGUCACGUAAUCAAGAACUCCAAGCACUUGCUUCAUCUAGGUGCAUUCAAGAGAAGCUAUACUCAACAGAGAAGUGCCUGGUUCCUAGCCAGUUUGUUCAAACCCUACCGAAUAACAGUGAGCUCCAGUCAAACUCUUUGAUCGUAGAGGAACUUGUUCAGUUCAUUCGAACAAAUCUAGCUGAAUAGAAAGGAAUCAUUUUUUUCCCCGAGUUCUGUUGUGUUGUUUCUUUUCCUUCUGCAGUUCAUAGCAAUU